AUGGCCCUUGAGUAUUUGCUGUAUGAUGUUUUCAGGGACGGACCGGAGUUAAAUACACACCCAGCAGAUCGACGUGCACUCCGGGAUGCCGACAAUGCACUCGAAUUGCCACCUUCGGAGUUCCGGAAACUUUACCGGUUAAGUCCCGACGUGGCCAACGACGUAGUUGCACAGCUGGAUAAUAAUUUAAAAGGAUCCAGAAUAACUGCUUUAUCUAGUGAAAAACAGGUUCUGUCUGCUUUACGCUUUUACGCUACUGGUUGUUACCAACGCCCUGUAGGAGAGCAGUGGGGCAUUUCAAUGAGCCACUCGUCAGUAAGCCGUUGCGUACACCGGGUGACAGAUGCGAUCAACAGUAAUUUAUUUUUCACCAAAGUAAAGUUUCCAAUGACCCAGAUUGAACGCCAAGCUGCAAAAGAAAUAUUUGCGUUAGCACCUUCUUCAUUUGUUGGAGGCACUAUAGGGGCAAUCGAUUGCACCCAUGUGUCGAUUUUAGGUCCCAAAAGUCAUGAGGAGGCUUACGUGAACCAUCAUGGCUACCACUCAAUAAACGUUCAAAUGAUUUGUGAUCCCAAUUUGAAAAUUUUGAACGUGAAUGCCAGGUUUCCGGGGGCACGGCACGACUCAUAUAUUUGGAGCUCGUCUGCCAUAAGAAGAGUAAUGCAGCGAUCUUAUGAAAAUGGCAAUCACAUGUUUUUGAUCGGUGAUUCUGGAUACCCAUUGGAGCCGUGGCUUAUGACGCCAUUACCAAACCAACCAGAGGCGACACCUAAAUUUCGGUAUAAUGAGGCGCUCUGCAAGGCUCGCAAUCCAAUUGAGAGACUUUUUGGCGUUCUUAAAGGAACACGCAGCAAAGAGUGCUCCUUUAUGAUCCCAAAUUCGCUGGUAAAGUUGUUAACGCGUGCGCAGUGUUGCACAACAUGCGUUUGGGUGAGCAAACAUCUGAGCUCGACAGUGUUACUCCAACAACCUCAGCUGACAAUAAUCCUGUCAAUACAAAUACACCAUCUUCCGCGGCAAAAGGUGUUCAAGAACGACUAA